AUGUUUCCAAUACUGGUUCGUGUUGUUCUGAGGAAGAAGCCUGCAGCUGCAUCAUCUUCGAUUUGGUCCCUCCACAGAACACAAUUAUCACCACCACCACCAUCACUGACCUCCAGUAAUCACCAUUAUCAUCAUCACAAAAUCAACCUAACCUCCGCGGAAACCAUCAAACCGUCUUCCCCAACUCCCGCCGAACUCGCCACAUUCAAGCUCUCCCUCAUCGACAACAUAGUCCCGCCAAUUUAUGUACCUCUCAUCUUCUUUUUCGAUCAAAACCCGCAGGGGGAGAGAAAUUUCGACACCCUCAAGUCCUCACUCGCCCAGACCCUCACGCGCUUCUACCCACUCGCCGGCAGGUUGUCCAAAUCCGUCGUCCAUUGCAACGAUGAGGGCGUGCCGUUCUCUACCGCCGCGGUCGACGGCGACAUCAACGAUUCGUCCCUGGCUGAUUUUCUCAGGAUUCGCUCCAGCAGUUCCUCCCUUUCCCCGCCGAAUGGAUCUCGGACCUCGAAUCGGUGCCGCAGAUCGCCUUCAGGGCCACCGCUUUCCCCUGCGGCGGCCUCGCAAUCGGUAUUUGCUCGCUGCACAAGAUCGUAG